UUAAUGUCCAGUGUUUGUUUUUCAGCACAACAGAAUUCACCAAAAAUCCAUGAAGGUUGGUGGGCUUAUAAAGAGGUCGUCCAGGGCAGUUUUGUUCCAGUGCCUUCCUUCUGGGGAUUGGUAAAUUCAGCUUGGAAUUUGUGUGCAGUUGGAAAGAGACAGUCUCCUGUUAACAUAGAAACCAGCCAUAUGAUUUUUGAUCCAUUCUUAACACCACUACGUAUUAACACAGGUGGACGAAAGGUGGGAGGAACUAUGUACAAUACAGGAAGACAUGUGUCACUAAGGCUUGAUAAGGAACAUUUAGUAAACAUUUCAGGUGGUCCGCUCACGUAUAGCCAUCGUUUAGAAGAGAUCAGGUUACAUUUUGGGAGUGAAGAUGAUCGAGGAUCUGAACAUCUUCUCAAUGGCCAAGCUUUUUCCGGGGAGGCCCAGCUACUACACUAUAAUCAUGAAUUGUAUACAAAUAUAACAGAAGCAGCUAAAAGUCCAAAUGGGCUUGUUGUAAUUUCCAUAUUUAUAAAGGUAACAGAUUCCUCGAAUCCAUUCCUAAAUCGUAUGCUUACCAGAGAUACGAUAACAAGAAUAACAUAUAAAAAUGAUGCAUAUUUACUACAGGGGCUUAAUAUAGAGGAGCUUUAUCCUGAGACAUCUAGUUUCAUUACAUAUGAUGGGUCCAUGACAAUACCACCGUGCUACGAGACAGCAAGUUGGAUUAUAAUGAACAAGCCCAUCUAUAUCACAAGAAUGCAGAUGCAUUCUUUACGACUUCUAAGCCAAAACCAGCCAUCUCAGAUAUUCUCAAGUAUGAGUGACAAUUUUAGACCAGUUCAGCCUCUUAACAACCGCUGCAUCCGCACGAAUAUCAACUUUAGUUUACAAGGGAAAGAUUGUCCAAAUAAGAGAACACAAAAACUACAAUAUAAAGUGAAUGAAUGGCUUCUCAAGUAACUAGAGUUGUGAAAAAAUUAAAAUCCCGUUCAUCUGGGUAAGCGUGAACUGGAUUGCACAAGACCUCAUUCACUAUUUUUUUGGAAUUGUACUCCAUAAACUACAACUGCUCAUCAUGUGCAAAAGUGCUGCAAAAAAUUAAACACACAAAGAAACUUGGAACCUUUAAGAAUAAUGAAUAUAGCCUACCAUAAAGGACAAGUGAGGCACUUACUAUGGGUUGUUUUUUUUUGUGAACUUUGGAACUGGAAGACUUUUCAGCCAUUUGUACAUAUGGCAAUGUUUCUAGAAAUUGCUUUGAACACUUUCACAGUGGAUUCUUCAUCUCGUUCUACAAAUUCUUGGACAGCUUUAUCGUACAUGCAUAACGGAAAAUUAAAGUGAACAAACUAAAAAGGAAAUGAAAUCCAGGCUAAAAUU